AUGGUUCCGCAAACACGUGCAAGCCGCAGGCGCACCAAUGCAUCCACGCUUCAUCCAUCUGUUGAGGCCGCCUACAAUCAUGUGAGUACUGCAUCUAGCGGCGACAACCUCAACGGAAACCCCGAGCCCAAGAGUACCAGCCAUGAGGCCGAUCGCCACCCAAAAGCGGAAACGGAAACCGAAGCGCCUCAGGUGCUCGUAUACGUGAGGGGCGUGGAGAUGAACGUACCGCAAACCUACGAUCCCGACACGUACUAUCCCGAUAGGCGAAUGCCAUGGACGCCCGAACCAGAACCAUAUAGUCCCGAAACCUAUACGGCCUGGGGUCGGAAACAUUUUGGUGAAGAGUGGUAUAAACUGCGGCAGACCAUGAUCGAGGAAAGGAACAUUUUCCUUGAGUACGAUCCGGUCUAUCAUGAACGCCAAAGAACCCUUAGGAUAAUAGCGCAUAAGAUCGAACGCCGGCCGUUUGAACCUCGCAGUCGUAUAUUUGGUGCGGACUGGAAACGACUCUGGGCUCGGCUUUCAAAGGAAUGGGGCAUUGAAAUUGUUCGUUCCCCAACACCUCAGAAAAACAGCGAUGAUAGCGAUACCGACCUUAGCGGGUACAGCACCUAUGAUCCUACCCCUGAAUAUCGUACACCCAGUCCCUUUCCCGAAGAUCCGUGGGAAAGGUUAGAGUAUGAUCGGAAACGUUUCUCUUGGAACGAGGAGGAGUAUGAAUUUGAAAAGAUCUUUCUCAAGGAGAACCUUAUAGAUAUGACUAGGUGCCGACAUGAAAACGAGCCAGGUGACAAGCCAGCCCGUGAGAAGCGGCAACUAAUGGAAAGCUUUCGCAACAAGGACCCUCUUCGAUUCCGCAUUGAACAGGACCGCUUUCAGGCUCAUAUUGAUCUCCGAAAGAAGGGAUGGACAACGGAGCAGAUCGAAGCUUUAUAUAAUGCUACAGUUUCAAUGCAUGAAUGGAUCAAGAGGAACUCUGCACGAAGUAAAAUGCGUUUAUACCUUGCCGAAAAUCUUGGAAAACCCACUCCUGAACAACAAGCUGCAAGAAGUAGCUGGUGGGAUAAGAUUCGAGAUGCAACUAUUGAGUACUACGGCGCGUGUCCACGCAAAGGGUGGGAUUCUUUUGGCUUCUCAAUAUAUGACUUCUUAGUCGGCGUCACAACAACACUGAGCUACGAGGAGAAGGAGGAAGAGGAAAUCUGGCGCCAGAACACCCAUGCUCGCUUGUGUAGCCGACGACAACAAGAGGCCCUGGCAAGCACCAAAGGCGAUGCUCAAGCUACAGAAAAGGCGCCGAACCCAUCCCCUCGACAGACGGCAAAAGCUCUACAUGGGACGCGCAGCGGCCGAAUUACCAAGGAGGCACCGACACACGCAAAGGCCUCGCCAUCAGACCCAAGGCGUCGUCGUCCUAAUCCUGAAGCGGUAGGUGAGCUCGGAAAUAGCACGAGGACGGCAUCCCAGAUCCACAAGAGGCAGCCUAAGACCUAUAAGAAGGAGCGCUCAAGCCGAAGGCAGGCAGGUAAGGCACCUGAAUACGGCAUGCUAGACGAAGGUGAAAUACCAUAUUCUUUGCGAAAGCCCUCCAACACACGUCCAACAAGCCGCUCAAGUCUCCGUGGUGGCAAAAAGUCGAAAGGGGAAAGGGAGGCUAGGAGCGUGAAAUCCCGAGAGACUUUGAAGUCUCGUAAAUCAAGGAGAGCCGGUUGA